AUGAUCAGUAGUAGCAGCAGCAGUAUUCGUCGCACUUUUGAUAAGGAGAGAUUGAGCCAGCACAGGGCAUGGGUUGGAGGCAAAGAGAGCGUUAGAGUGGGGGUGUGGGACGAGGCAGUAGCACGGGGCAUAUCGGAGGGGACAGUGAGGGAGGCGCUGGAAGGGCUGCAGCCGCUGCCUGCUGUGGUGGCUAAAGUGACUGGUGCCGCUGAGGUGGUGCUGACUGCCAGGCAGUAUGUGGACAAGAUGGUGAGUGAUGCACGGGUGCUGGAGGGCAGGCAGGUAAUGGAAGCUCACAGGAAGCUUCUGGCGGAGAUUGUGGAGAUCUACGGCGUGCCGGCCAAUGUGAUGACGGCGCUGUGGGGCAUCGAGAGCAGCUAUGGGAAGAACAUGGGCAAGUGGGACGCCGUUCAAGCUCUGCUCACCCUCGCGUACCGUACAAAGCAGCCCCGUCGUGCUGCUUUCUUUCGGGAGGAGCUGAUGGAAGCCCUUUCUAUCCUUGAGAACAACCACAGGCCUUCUGUAGCAGCCAAGGGGCUUCCUGCUGUUCCUUCUGUUUCUGCUUCUGCCAAUACAGCUACAAGCGCAGUGGGAGAGAGGAGGGUGCGGUUGCUAGGGUCCUAUGCAGGGGCGAUGGGGCAGUGUCAGUUCAUGCCUUCAUCUUUCAACGCAUAUGCCGUGGAUUAUGACGGAGAUGGAAGGAGGGACAUCUGGACGUCCAUUCCUGACGUGCUCGCAUCAAUGGCAAACUACCUCAAGUGCAACCAAUGGAGGCGAGGAGAACCGGUGGGGGUUGAGGUGGUCCUGCCCCCAGACUUCCCGUCCUCGCUCUUAAAGCCCGCCGCGAAACUCACCGUGGCGGAGUGGCAGCAGAAGCACGGAGUCAGAAUCGCUGAUGGAGGCGGUGGUGGUAGCAGUGGAAGUGGGGAGGGUCAUGGGAAAGAUGGAAUCGACGCCACGUCUCUGCCGCCUGAUAUGAUUGCCUCUCUCGUGGCACCUGACGGUCCAGCUGGCGUCGCUUACCUGGCGUGCCACAAUUUCCACGUCAUCCUGCGCUACAACCCCUCCUCGCUGUACGGGCUCGCCAUUGCUGAGCUGGCACGCAGACUGGGAUACGCCAUGGCGGAUCGGUUGACGCGUAUUGCAAUCGUGAGCGGCGAUCGCUGCAAGCCCAAGAAGUGUCGGCAGGAGUGCAAGAAGAGCUGUCCAGUCGUCAAGACUGGCAAGCUAUGCAUCGAGGUCAGCUCCACCUCCAAAAUCGCCUUCAUUUCCGAAGAGCUCUGCAUCGGUUGCGGUAUCUGCGUCAAGAAAUGUCCGUUCGACGCCAUUGAAAUCAUCAAUCUGCCCAAGGACCUCGAUAAGGACACCACGCAUCGCUACGGCCCCAACACCUUCAAGCUCCACAGGCUGCCCGUGCCGCGGCCAGGCCAGGUGCUGGGUCUGGUGGGCACGAAUGGCAUUGGCAAGUCAACUGCGCUCAAAGUUCUUGCGGGCAAGCUCAAGCCCAACCUUGGGCGUUUCAAUAAACCCCCUGACUGGCAGGAGAUUCUGACCUACUUCCGAGGGUCGGAGCUGCAGAACUACUUCACCCGCAUUUUGGAGGAUAACUUGAAGGCCAUCAUCAAGCCACAGUACGUGGACCACAUUCCCAAGGCGGUGAAGGGGUUGGUGGGCGUGGUGCUCACAGAGAAGGACGAGCGCCAGGCCAAGGAGGAGCUGUCGGAGGUGCUGGAGCUCAAGCAGGUGUGGGAGCGUGAGGUGGAGCAUCUGUCAGGAGGAGAGUUGCAGCGGUUUGCCAUUGGAGUGGUGGCAGGGCAGCUGGGAGACAUCUACAUGUUCGAUGAGCCCUCCAGCUACCUGGACGUGCGGCAGCGACUCAAGGCGGCACAGGUCAUCCGCUCGCUGCUGCGCCCCGACAGAUACGUGAUUGUGGUGGAGCACGACUUGAGUGUGCUCGACUAUCUCUCCGACUUCAUCUGCUGCCUCUACGGCAAGCCGGGCGCCUACGGGGUGGUCACGCUGCCCUUCUCCGUGCGGGAGGGCAUCAACAUCUUCCUUGCGGGCUUCGUGCCAACUGAGAACCUGCGCUUCCGAGACGAGUCGCUCACCUUCAGGGUGGCAGAAACCCCAGUGGAUAACCCUGAAGAAGCCAAGACGUACACGCGGUACAAGUACCCGCGCAUGAUCAAGAAGCAGGGGGGCUUUAAGCUGACUGUGGAGCCGGGGGAUUUCACGGACUCGCAGAUCGUGGUGAUGCUGGGGGAGAACGGCACCGGCAAGACCACCUUCAUUCGUAUGCUGGCCGGCCUCUUGAAGCCCGACCCAGAUGAGGAAACCGGCAAAGAGGCCGAGGAUCUCCCCGAGUUCAACGUGUCGUACAAGCCGCAGAAGAUCAGCCCCAAGUUUCCCCACAGCGUGCGCGCGCUCCUGCACUCCAAGAUCCGCGACUCCUUCCACCACCCGCAGUUCAACACGGACGUGCUGCGCCCCAUGCAGAUCGAACCGCUGCUGGACCAGGAGGUUGUGAACCUGUCAGGAGGGGAGCUGCAGCGUGUUGCCAUCACUCUCUGUCUCGGGAAGCCUGCGGACAUCUACCUGAUCGAUGAACCCUCGGCCUACCUGGACUCAGAGCAACGCAUCGUGGCAGCCAAGGUGAUCAAGCGGUUCAUCCUGCACGCGAAGAAGACGGCGUUUGUGGUGGAGCACGAUUUCAUCAUGGCCACGUACCUGGCGGACCGCGUCAUCGUGUACGAGGGGCAGCCGUCUGUGGACUGCACUGCCCGCACUCCCCAGUCCCUCAACAGCGGCAUGAACCUCUUUCUUUCGCAACUGGACAUCACGUUCAGGAGGGACCCCACCAACUUCCGGCCGCGAAUCAACAAGAUGGACUCCGUCAAGGACCGCGAGCAGAAGUCUGCUGGCACCUACUAUUACCUCGACGAAUGA